GGUUCAACGAGAAAUAUCGGUCAUUAUAGAGUGUUGACUAAUAAUUAUUCUACUGAACCUCGAUCUUUCCAUGGGUUUGCCGAUGAAUCUAAUUUGAAAUCUUUAGAAUCUACCAUUAGUUCAGAUGAAUCUUUACCAUCUAAAA